GGAACUGCGUCCCGUCGGUUCCUUCGUUCCAGAGCACUCGCAUUCAGCUGUCAGGUAGGCACAGAGUGGGGAGUUUCUGUCGCUGUUCCGAAGGCUGAUCCGUCACCCACCAUCAUGGAUCAGCUCUUCGGCAACCUCAAGGGUUUCUUCAAGACUGACUUUACAGUCAUCGACAACAAUGUCUUCAGGCUACACUACAAGGCCACAGUGUGCAUUCUCAUCGCAUUCAGCAUCCUCGUCACCGGCAGGCAGUACAUCGGUGACCCUAUCGACUGCAUUUCAAAGGACUCUGUGCCCAGCGACUUGCUGGAUACGUUCUGCUGGAUCCAUACCACAUUUUCGCUGACCGACGCGUGGCACAAGCAAGUUGGAGUGCAGAUACCCUACCCUGGUGUCGACAAGUACAUUCCUGGCGAGCAACGCGUUUACCAUGCCUACUAUCAGUGGGUGUGCUUCGUGCUCUUCUUGCAAGCCGUACUAUUUUACGUGCCACGCUAUUUCUGGAAGGCAAUUGAAGGCGGAAGGACAAAGAACCUUAUCUUGGGGCUCAACAAUCCCAUCAUGUCGGAAGGAGACAAAGAGAAAAGCCGAAACCUUCUCGUGGAAUACCUCACUGUCAACCUAAACAACCACAACCUUUUUUUCUACGGCUAUGUACUGGCAGAGAUUCUCAACUUUAUCAACGUGGUCGGCCAGAUGUUCCUGAUGGAUCUGUUCCUGGGAGGCGAAUUUUCGGCUUACGGUGCGCGCGUGCUACAGUUCACGGAAUGGGACUGGUCCGUCCGCUUUGACCCCAUGAUCAAGGUAUUCCCUAGGCUGACCAAGUGCACGUUCCACAUGUACGGAACAUCCGGAGACGUGCAGAAGCACGAUGCCAUGUGCAUCCUGCCUAUCAACAUUAUCAACGAAAAGAUUUACGUAUUCCUCUGGUUCUGGUUCAUUAUCCUGGCUGUGCUCUCGGCCCUAGUUCUGGUCUACCGCGCUGCCAUCAUGUUUGUUCCCCGGAUCCGGUUCAUGGUUCUCCGCAGCCGCGCGAAACUGGCAAACAAGGAUUAUGUGGAAAGGAUCUGCGACAGGACCAAUUUGGGCGACUGGCUCGUGCUCGAUCUGCUCUGCAAGAACAUCGACCCAAUCAACUUCCGUGACCUGGUCAACGACUACGUUCGCCGCCUGGAUCACAAGAGCCUCGACAACGCGUAAUUUCACGCUUCUGCGCCGCUACGGCGUGCGUCGGGCCGCGGCCGUUGACACGCUCUUCCGCGUGCGUUGGAGCCACUGCAUUUCAUCUCUACUUAUCCUCUAGGGCUGGGUAGUCUGACGACGACUCAUAUCCUGUUCAAGUGCCACAUGUUCGCCUUUUGCGUUUCUUUUUUAAUGAACAUUUUGAGCUGAGUAUGGCUGGAGGGGACCAAUCGCCGUACUUGUUGUGUCAGAAUGCGAUUUAUUCUACAUCCUUUUAGUUGGGGCCACACUGUAUGGUUGAGGGUGUAGCUUUUUGUCGCAGUAUUAGUGAGUUCCAGAGUUAUUUUUCACCGGAGUGAAUGCUGAGUAUACCAUGGGUGUCCCCACCAUUGUUCUGGAAGUUUGAGAUCUUUAUUUACAUUAUGUGUCAUAUCGUUACGAAAGUCUCUUGUAGCAACAAAUCCAACGUCUUCCAACGUUUCCUUACGGACUUCGAGUCGUCGUUUUAGUAAGAAAUUUGCGGUUCCAGAGUUAUGUAGCGCAUUGUUUGGUGCAAGAAUCUCGUGCCUUGACUUCCUCACAAGAGGGAGCAGCCUUGUGAUGUUUUCAGUAGGAUCUUUGUACAGUGAUCAUAAUUGUAGGUUCACACAUUUUCUGCAUUUUCUUUUAAACCUACCAUUGCCGUUUUGUAAAUACUGUGUGUCUUCUGCGUGAAUGUUUUUGUGAGAUGCUACUGCCAUCACAUUUGCUGAAAGCGUUGAGUGUUGUCGUUCUUAGCAAUCACGGUGGAACAUGUGAUAUGAGUGUUUGCCUUGCAGUGGAUGUCUUUUAAAUCAAAAAUAAAAGUGCGUCUGGGAACAAACUUGCUCAGCUGUGCUCGUUG